UCCAAAAGUAUACGGACGUCAUGAAGUCUUUCUGCAAAAUAUCGUGCCUGUUGGGCCUUCUUGCCAUUUCGGUCUCAUCGAGGGAUGUGAAACGAUCAUCCAACCAAGACCUGUACGAUUCAUUGGCUAAACUUGUUAGUUUGACCGGUAGCGACGGAUAUGGAGGUCGUGGCGGAGGUAGCAUGGCUGCUGGUAAUGGAUAUGGUACUUGUGACAUAUCAUUGCUGAACAGUGUACCGGAUUACCAAUUUACUGCAUCCUCUUCCUACUAUCAGUCCUAUGGAGGCUAUCAGUCUUACGGUGGCUAUCAGUCCGGUCGGGACUAUCCAUUCUAUGGAGGGUAUCAGUCCGGUAGAGGCUAUCAGUCCGGUAGAGGCUAUCAGUCCAGUAGAGGCUAUCAGUCCUAUGGAGGCUACCAGUCGGGUAGAGACUAUCAGUCCUAUGGAGGCUACCAGUCCGGUAGGGACUACCCUUCCUAUGGAGGCUACCAGUCCGGUAGAGACUAUCAGUCCUAUGGAGGCUACCAGUCCGGUCGGGACUACCCUUCUUAUGGAGGCUACCAGUCCGGUAGCGACUAUCAGUCCUAUGGAGGCUACCAGUCCGGUAGAGGCUAUGGUCCGUGGUUUGCAAGACUUCGAGAAUGGAAUCGAGGAGGCUGGUCGCCAGCAGCAGAGGACAAAGAGCCAUACCUUCAGGUGGAGUUUGACGAAAUGAGUAAAGUGAAUGCUGUUGUGACACGUGGAAGAGAAAAUUCCAACGGUGAUAACCAAUAUGUUGGAUCAUUUCGAUUACUGUAUAGCACGGAUUGCGUGACAUUUCAAAUGGCUCAGAAUCAGGAUGGAAGUGAUGAGUUUACCGGUAACAUGGACGGGUCGAACAUGGAAAUCCGUUUCGCAACACCGUUUGAGGCGAAAUGCGUUCGAAUCAAUCCUUUGGCUUGGAAUGGUCAUGAGUCUUUGCAAUUUGACCUAAUUGGCUGUCAAGAAAGAUGUGGAGUAUAUCCUAUCGAAACCAUGCCGGAUUCUGAAUUUUCGGCAUCAUCGUCCUAUUCAAACGUUGGAGACAAUGAUAUGUGGCGUGGAAGGCCUUUCUCUUCGUACCGUUAUGGAAAUGGAGACAUGAUGGGUAGUGGAAACUAUUGGAUGUGGCGUGCAAGACGUUCCUCUCAAUACCCUAAUGGAAAUGGAGACAUGAUGCGUCCUGAAUACAAUGAACAAUGGCCUGGAAACCAGUAUGGAAAUGGAAACAUGAUGAGUGGAAUGAAUGGACAGUGGGGUGAUAGGUCUUCCUUUUUUGAAAAUGGAGGCAUGAUGCGUGGAGACUGGUCGUCUGCAAGAAAUAACCGACUUCAAUACUAUCAGUUCGUAUUGAAAGAGCAGAGCAACGUGAAAGCAAUUGUGACAAAAUCGUGGGAUAACGGUGAUGGCUACAACCAGAACACUUUCUAUCGAAUGUCAUACAGCAUGGACUGUGAAAAUUGGCACACUGUUCAGAACUCUGACGGACUUGACAGAAUAUUUGGGGGCAAACAGGACUCCACAGAGUACGGGAACACCAAUUGGUUUACACCUGCUCUGCGCGAUGUGAAAUGUGUUAGAAUCAACCCGAUUUCUUGGUACAACAACAUGCGCCCGCGCUUCCAAUUGCUUCGUGCUGGGAAUAACUGUGGCAACUACAACGGAUGAAGCCGUUUUUGACCUUCUUCCCUACUUGCCGUUUUUACCGAUAUUUUUAAAAGAUAUUAAUAAAAACAGAGAAAAAAGUCCUUAUAUAUUGAAAACUUGAAGUAAAAAAUAAUUAAAGACUUUGUUUCAAUUUCAGUUUGAAAACAUCAAAUUAGACAAAUUAUCAACGUGUCUUAAUAUAAAAUGGUUUUGCAUAAAUAACAGUCAUGUUCUUACAGUGUAUCCUUACAACUCGCAGAUUUCUUUCCAAUACGUUUUUUUCCCUGGAUUAUAAAAAAGACAUUUCCUUUUUAACUGAAGGCUGAUUGUAAAAAGCUUGUAUUGCUUGCCUAAUUAUUCAAGAUAUAGGUGAAUUCAACAUAUAAGAGAAAUCCUGAUAAAGUUAAUAUAGCAGGGGUUAGAAAAAUCACACGCCACAUCGCCAAUUUUAUAUAAUCGAACCUUUACAUAAACAUAUUUAUUUUUCAAGCUAACAAGCUUCCUUCUCAAUUAGGUCGGGAUGAUUUUGUUUUGUGCAUAUAUCACUUGCUUAUUUUUCAUGUAUGAUA